AGUGCACGCGGCAAUCCGUGCACUGCGGUUUGCGUCAGUCGUGGCAUUCACGAAUCGAAAGGUCAACUGCGACGACAUGGACCGUCUCUGGUUCUUGCUCGUCGUCGUCCUCGACGUGGCUGGUGCUGCCAACCACCAACAAAUUGAGCACUCGUUCAUGGGAUGCGAUUCAGUAAAAGAGGUUGAAAGACUGCAACAAAUCGCCAGCACCUUUGAAAAUCUAGUGGCAAGGGAGGCGGAAGCAGAGAAGGAAAUUUCGACGCAGUUGUCGUCAAUGCUGAAUUUAAUCGACGUCAUUUGGAAAAGACAGGACAAGUUGGAACAACAGGUUUCGAUUGAUGCUGGAGAAUUCAAGUCACUAAUGCAACGAGUUUCGAAUUUGGAACAAAAGUCGGAAAAAUCAGAAAAGCGCCAAGAUGAAACGGCGAGAAUGGAAGAUCAAAUUGAGGAGUUGAAACGGCAGGUUUUGCAAUUGAAAGAGGAAAAAUCUAUUUUGGGCGAAUCGGAAACGCGCCUCCAAGAACAGAUUUCAAAUUUGACCAGAGAAAAGUCCGAGGUCGCAAAAGCGGCGCAAAAAGCGAAAGUAACUUGCGAUCUGAUGAUUAAGGUGAAAGAUUUUCUCUUGGAAAAGUGGUCAAACAGGAGUGCAGUCGACCAGGCUAAAUUCUGCGGCCUUUCGCGUGCGUUGAACUUGCGGACGCUUUCAAACGGCAAAAAGUACCUUUACAACUAUCCACGUUCUGCAAACUGGGAUCUUGCAAACGAGAACUGCGAAAGGCAGGGUCUCCAUUUAGUGACCCUGGCUGAUGUGAACGACCUGCAAGUUGUGUCCGCAGAGGCGGCGCGGAUUAAUCCAACUUGGACUUGGUGGGUGUCGGCGAAGAAUUAUGGAGUCGGAGGCGAAAAAGACUUUCGUUGGAAAAAUGGACAAGAGUUGCCAGUGGACAGCGAUAUGUGGCAGCAAACUGCGGCCCUAAGGCGCGAAUGCGUCAUCAUUUCUCCCCACGGCAGCCGAAAGUUGAGCACCGCGCCGACCUGCGACGUUUCUUAUUUUUCAUCUGCUUCCAACAGAAUGUUAUCCACAAAAUUUGAAGUAAAAAAUUUAUUUUUCCUGAUGAACGAAAAAAAAUACUAUAGAAAUUAUUUAUUUGAUUUAUUGGUUUUUAAAGUGAAAUGAAAAGUUUUUCAUAAAAAUAUUCUGAUUUUUUUAGGCAUAUUAUGUUGAAAAAUUAAUAAUUUUAUUGUACCCAUGAAAAGUUGCAAAACUUCAUUAUAUUUCUAUAAAUAAAUUGCUCCCUUAUAUAACAGGAAAACG